GAAGUGAACUAAUAACCCACGGGCUUCUCAGAAUACUUUUACCAGACAUUACCAAAUUAUUAGACAACUAGGUAAAGUGAGGCAUUUUCUGUACUAAAAAUUUAUUUUAGUAUUUUGUAUUUAAGCCUUGAUAAAGGGGAAAGACGUCACCGAAACGUUGGCAUAUGGAACAAUCACUACUUUUCUACUCUCAUUGCCUAUUCUCUAAAACCGAAAAGGUCUUUAUAUCAAAUGGGCAGAGGGAUUUAUGCUAAAAGUUGAACAUUCAAUAAAUUACUCAAACAAAUGAAAGCUGAUUCAGAAAUAUUGGGAGAAAUAAAAUAUGUAAAGCAGCAAAAUUCACAAAUCUGCUUCAAAGGCUCAGAUGAUAAUCCAGAAUUGCCAGAGAAUUUUGAGGUAGGACAAGCAAUUGGUGGGGGAGAUUGUUUUUUUGACUCAGUUACACAAGGACUUGAACAAUUGAAGCCCAAAAUCGACUUUAGUGUACAAAUAUUAAGAAACGUUUGUAGAAGGCUUGCUAUAGAUAAUCAGCAGUUAAGGAAUAAAGUUAUUAGAGAUGCUAAAAACAAUUACGAUCCUACAGUAGUACUUCCAGAUCCUAGUAUUAGUGAUGAUGAAUUGUGGAAUGCUUAUUUGGCUGGUAUUGAAUACACCGGUGAAGAUAUAAAGAUACUGCACUCUAAUAAUCCAAGUUUAUAUGAAUCAAUAACCAGCUUAAAGUAUGGAAGUACACUACAAGCUCCUAUAUGGGGAAGGCCUGAUAUUGAGGGCCAAUUAAUUUGCAAUGAGUAUCAUAUUAAGCUGCAUAUCAUUGAAAAAUCGCCACGUGUAGGGUAUUUAAAUCAGGUUAUAGAUGGAUCAGUAUCUAGAUCUGUAGAUAGUGUAGAUUACAAUGAUAUAAACACUAUCCACAUAAUAAACAAAGAAAAUGCACAUUUCGAGCCAAUACUACGUACUCGAGAAAUUCAACACAAUAAGCAACAAUCUCCUGACUCUUCUGACUAUGAUGACGAGAUAACACCUGAAGAAGAACUAAUUAAUACUAUAAAGAGUAAUGAUUCAGAGGAAGAAAAGCUACUAAAGAUCACAAGGCUUUUUGAAAAGGAAACGAACCUAGAUAUCAAUUUCCAAUACAAAGAUAAUGACACACCUUUGCAUAUUGCUAUUCGUGAAGGUGAGCUUGAAGUUAUUAAAUUACUUGUACAAAAAGGAGCAAAGGUUAAUGAUUAUAGUGUGAGGAACAAAAGAAAUAGAACUCCACUGGAUACUGCCAAGCAUCUCGAAAGACAAGAUAUUGUGCAAAUAUUAAAACCACAUAUUCAGUCAAACCUACAAGCUUCUGCUCAGCAACCAUCAACUCUACAAAAAAGAAUUAGAACUAGUUCUGAAGAAGAUAAACCAGAAGACAGUAAUCCGAAAAAGCUAAAAACUUCUAGUCAUGAUCACCAAUUUCUGGAUAUUGAUGUAGAAUCUAAAUCAUGGCCUUCAAGUCCAAAAAGACCAAAACUUUCUACUUUCAGUAAUUCACAACAGAGCUCAGAUAUACAAAAAAAUAGAAAACCUGCAGGCCUACUUACAUCUUAUCAUGGAAUUGCUUACCAAGUGCAGUGGAUGAUGGUAAUUGCACUUGAAGUUCAAGAGAGAUUAAAUGGUGAAAAAGGAGGUGCUUUUAAGUUUAGAACAAUAGAUUUUAAGACAGAAGAUCCUGAUGCUGGAAAGUUUGAUGAUUUGGUUUGGAGAAAUGAAACUGAUCAGCCAGGUUCAUAUGAGUAUAAUUUUUUACAAGCUAAACAUAAAUUAAAUAAAGAAGAAAAAAUUACUCCACGGGAUCUACUCAAGUCCAAAGAAAAGGAAGACUCUUCAAGUUCAAAUAAAAAAGAUAAGCGUCCUUUUGCCUUAGAGAAAUACUUUCUUUCUUACAGAGAUGAAAUACAUCAGAAUUAUAAUGAUGGUAAAAUAAAUAAACUGAUUAUCGCUACGAAUAUUGAUUUUGAUAAUGAUUUGAAACAAAGUAGCUUUGAUCUACUAGAAAAUAAUAUUCCGAUUUUGGAUUUUAUAGAAGGUAAGGAACCCGAGAAUUUGAGAUUUAGAGAUGAUUCUCCUAUAAAAAAAGAGGUGAUUACACAAUUAGAAAGGAAAUACGAUUCAAUUAGGCUGGUAGAAGAGUUACUACAGUAUAUACUAAAAAAAGAGCCUGUAACGGAGGAAAGUCCUCUGGGUUCUUAUUUUUAUGAUCUUAUAGAGAAUGGUAUAAUUGAUAUAUCUGGCAAGUUUCAUUCUAUCUUUAUAGAUAAUGAUAAUAGAUUAUCUGAGAAAGCUAAAAGAUUUAGAGAGAUCUUAUUAGAGUUAGGAUUUAAAAAUAAAAAAGAAAACUCGAGCAAUAAUUUUGAUAUAUCAGAACUUUUUGACUUUGCUAAAGAAAUUACAUUACUAAUUAAAGGAAGUGGUGAAGAUAUAAUCAAGAUUGAAAGACGUAAGGAAAUAAUUAAAAAUAAUAUUGAUAAAUUAGCUAAUUAUGUGCUGGUUGAAGAUGAACAAAAUAAAGUUACAUUUAGUAGAGUAUUCUGGGAAGAGGCUGAUGAAAAACUUCCUAUCAAUUUAAAUGAUUUUAGGAGUCUAUUAAAAAAUAAUUUCAUAAAUUCAAAGUUAAUAGAUGAAAAUGAAAAUGGUUCACAAAUUUACGAAAAGCUGAGGAAAUAUCGUUUCACAAUUACACCAAAAAGUGAAGAUACAAAAAAAGAAUUUACAACCUGCAAAGAAAAGUUAAUAAGCGAGAAAGUUUUUUGGGAAGCUAUGGGAAGUUUUGAUAAAUUUAAAAUUAAGCCUGAUAAAAUAGAAAUGAUUAGGUUGGCAAAAGACCAUAAAAGUUUAUCAAGAGAGGGUAUAAUUUUAGAAGGGAAAAAAUUUAAUGAUAGCUUCAAAGAAGGAAAAGAGGAUAAUUUAUCUGAGAAAGCUAAAAGAUUUCGAGAGUUCUUAUUAGAGUUAGGAUUUAAAAAUAAAAAAGAACACCCAAGCAAUAAUUUUGAUAUUUCGAAACCUUUUGACUUUGCUAAACAAAUUGCAUUACUAAUUAAAAAAAGUGAUGGAGAUAUAAUCAAGAUUGAAAGACGUAAGGAAAUAAUUAAAAAUAAUACUGAUAAAUUAGCUAAUUAUGUCCUUGUUGAAGAUGAACAAAAUAAAGUUAGAUUUAGUAGAGUUUUCUGGGAAGAGGCUGAUGAAAAACUUCCUGGCAAUUUAAAUGAUUUUAGGAGUGAACUAAAAGCUAAUUUUAUGAAGUCCAAGUUGAUAGAUAAAAAUGACAAUAGUUCACAAAUUUACGAAAAGCUAAGGGAAUAUCGUUUCACAAUUACAGGAAAAAGUAAAGAUACAAAAAAAGAAUUUACAACCUGCAAAGAAAGGUUAAUAAGCGAGAAAGCUUUUUGGGAGGGUAUGGAGAAUGGUGAUAUUGAAAGUAAUAUUAAUGAAAUCUUACCUCUUAAUAAAAACUUACCAGAGAAAAGCUUAAAUGAUAUAAAGGAUGAGAUAGAGGGUUUUUUUGAACGUUUAACAUUUGUUGUUAAUUAUUCCCAGGAGACAUUAGAUAAAUUUAUCAAAAAAAAAUGUUCUUGGUUUGUAGGAUUUGAAACUGAUUAUAUCGCAUAUGAGUUUCAAGCAAGAAUAGCUAAUGCUCUAAACUUGGAAGCAAAAGAAUUUAUUUCAACUGCUGAAGAGGUUGGUAAUUUUUUUGAAGAAGCAAAAGACAAGCUUAAUAGCUUAGUACUAAUAGGUCCUACACUACUAUAUAAAAAUCGGAUUGAAGAAUAUGGUAUUGAAUUUCAAGAGAGCUGUAUAAAGGAGCUUUUUGAAUAUACGGAUAAUAAAGAUAAUGAAAAAAGCUAUGACUUCUUGGAUUCAGAUAAGAAAGUUUUAAGCCUUGUUACUGAGCAAAAUGAUUUAACCGCUAUUAAAGUUUAUCAAGCAAUAGGUCAAUACCAAGACGAGGGCGAAUAUAUUUUCAUGGGAUUGAGCUCUAUUUUACUAAUCAAAGAACAUGUAUUGAGUGCUUUUGGAGAACGUGAUUUACUGAUAAUUGAAUGCGACUAUACAAAUAAAGAUGUAGCAGGAUUAUAUAGGUCUCUUGGAAGUAAACUUAAUGGUAACAAGAAAAUCAUCUUAAUUACUAAAGAGAACGAUCACCCAGCUAAUGAGUUCAAAUCUGCUUUAAGAGAUAAAUAUCAAGAAAAAAUAGAUGAUAAGAAUAGCUUGACUGAUCUUACUGACGACUCACAACAAAAACUUCUGAAGAAACGAAAAGUUAUAUUUCAAGGAGAAGAGGUAAGUUUAGGUACAUUAGUAGAUGAUAGGUCAAAACAUCUAAUAGAUGGAGAAGUAUUAUCUAAGCUUAUUAAUCAUGAGAAGAUAAAGAUAGGUAAAGCACUCAUAGAUUCAAAGUAUGAGGAUGUUAAGGAUUAUUAUAUUCCUCGAACAUUUAAUCGCCAAGUAAAGAUCAAAGAAGUAAAGUCUGAGUUUUUUGUGACUUAUAGCGAGAAAUUUGAUAAAUCGGAACUUCAAGAAGAUCAAGACAUAGUAUUAAUUUCUGAUACAGGUAAGGGUUUUAAGGAUUUAUGUAAGAAUAACGAAAAACAUAAUAUUCAUUGGCUCAAACUGAACAGAGGUGAUUUGAUAUGGCAGAAAUCUUAUGGUGCUUUAUCUAAGUUACGUGAUUUAAUAGAUACAAAUGAACGAGCUAUUCAGAAGUAUAAACCAGAGAAAAUUACAGAUAUAAAAGACAGAGUAGUCAUUAUUUCUGCUGAACCUGGUAUGGGUAAGUCUACUGUACUGAAUCCUUUAGCAUUAAGGAUGGAUUCUUUAUGGGUUAUAAGGAUUAAUUUGUUAGAUUAUUCAAAUGUAUUAAAAAUAGAAACAGAGAAGAAAACAAAACUCAACGAGGCAGAAGCUAUAAAAUUCCUAUACAGGACUGUAGGUUUUCAACUCUUUCAAAAGGAAAAAGAAGAAACAACAGAAAAGAGGAAAAAAAGGGAACAAAUGAUAGAAAAGGUUCUCAGUGUUAUAACUGUAAAAGACAGUAAAGUCGGUUUGGAAGGUGCAGGGAAAGAAAUUAAGGGUCUUGAAUUAUUAGAAAUAGGACUAUUUAAUAAUUUUUGUAAUCAGGGCAGGAUUAUUUUACUGUUUGAUGGACUUGAUGAGAUUAGCCCUAUCUAUACAGAGAAAGUUAUUGAGUUACUGCAAGUUCUAAAAAAUUCUAAAGUAGAAAAGCUUUGGAUAACUACUCGUCCUUAUAAUUUCAUUCAAGAAAAACUAGAAAAUCAACUUAGUGUAUUUUCAUAUUCAUUAGAGCCACUCCUUCCCGAAGAACAGAAAGGUUUUUUAAGGAAAUUUUGGAAAGCAAAGUUGAAACUUAAUGAAUUAGAUGAGCAACGCUCAGAAGUUUUUAUUGAUGAACUACUAGAUAAACUUCCUAGAUCCGUAGAUGAUAAAGAUUUUCUGAGUAUACCGCUACACUCAUUUAUGGUUGCUGAAGUUUUCAAAGAUAAGUUCGAAGAUUUUUAUUAUUCUAAUGAGCAGGAGCUUUCUUAUGAAAAUAAAAGGAAAAUUGAAGAGCAGGAUUUGGUUACUUUAUAUGGGAGAUUUAUUCACAUAAAGUUUUAUGAAAUUCGCUUUGGAGAAAAGAAGCCUGGUAUGAAUAUUGACGAUCCAGAUAUGAAAGGGUUGAUUGAGAAUAAACACCAGGAACUUAUAGCAGAUCAUAUGAAAUUAGCUUUAUAUGAAAUAUUCGACAAAAAUGAAGUGGAGAAAUUGAUUUCUCGGGAAGAAAUGAGGAAAGUAUCCGAAUUGAUUGACAAGAUAAGACUAGGGAACGAAAAAACAGGUUUGAUUGAACGAGUUAUUGAUAGUAAGCCUAGAUUCAUUCAUCGUACUUUUGCAGAAUAUUUUGCAUCAAGAUUAAUUUACGAAAGGCUUGACUACUCUAAAAAAUUAAAACAAGAAAUAUGGAAAUUUUUCCUAGACCAUAUUCUUAUUGACGACAAGUACAAUGUAAUUCGUAAGUUUAUUGAUUGUCAAUUAACAGAUAGUAAAUUAUUUGGAUUGAAAAUAGGUAACACAGUAGAGAAAUCAUUAGAAGAAAAAAGUUAUAAAAGAAAAAUAACACAGAUACAUGUAGCUGCAAAAGAAGGAUUAUUAGAAACUAUUAAGUUUUUGCUGAAUAUUCUACCAAACGGUGAUUAUAUUCAUGCUAAAGAUAUUAUGGGUUCUACGCCAUUACACUGUGCAGUAAGAAAUGGUCAUUUGGAGAUUAUAGAACUUCUAUUAGAGAGAGGUGCUGAUGUUAACGAUAAAACAGAAAUGGCUUUUACGCCAUUACACUCAGCAGUUGAAGGACUCAAAAUUGGUCAUGAGAAGGUUGUGAAGCUCCUAUUAGAAAAAGGUGCUGAUAUUUAUGCUAAAACUGAAAAUGAUCAAACGCCAUUAGAACGUUUAGAACAGUUUAAACUUUAUGAAGCUUUUAAUAAAUUCUGUGAAGAUACAAAAGUUCCUGAUCUUAAACAUGACAUAAUAAGCGUAUACAACACAGACGCAAUCAUGAGGUUUCAUGCAAAUGAGAAAGUAAAGGAGGAAUAUGAGUCACGUAUUUUUGUGCCUUCUGAGAUUAUUUUAAAAUCAACUCGGGAAUUGUUUACUAUUAUAAUAAGUCAAAAGUUAGAUAAAGGGCAGAAAAUUAAGCAGUUUAAAGAUUUAAUAAGAAAAAAAGGUGGAGUUGUUGGUGCUACCUAUGAUGGUAAUACGCUAUUGCAUUUUGCUGCUUUCAAAGGUUAUUCGGAGAUUAUUGAGGAAGUGAUAGCACGUGCAAAACAAAAUAAUCCUGAUCGGUUGAGUAACUUUAUUAAUGCUAAAGUAAAUACUAAAAGUAAUAAAGCAACAGCACUUCAUCUAGCAGCAGUCUUUGGUCAUGAAGAGGUUGUUCAAACUUUAUUGAAAGUAGAUGGUAUAAAUAUUAAUGCUAAGGACAAUCAAGGUCAUACACCCAUUGAGCUCUGUUAUGAAUUACGACUCUUAGCAGGAGUUGAUAUAAGUGAUCAUUUUGAGAUAAUCAACUUAGUUUACGAUUAUGGUCAUAUAUAUAAAUAUAUGGUAGAUGAGCUUAGCCCCUCAAUUGACGAAGCUUUUGAUUUACUUGUAAAAUAUUCAAGGGUUAGUAUCGAACUAGAGGAAACACUGUUAGGGAAGGCUAAUAGCAAUAGUUAUUCUAAUAUUAUCGGUUCACUUAUCGACCAUAAUGCUGAUAUUGAUUCAAACCUUGAGGGAAUAUCUAGUCUAUUCGAGGUUGUGUAGAGUAGACAACUUGAGCUCUCGCUUUAGCGACAAGAAGGAAUGACUUUAUAUUUCACUGUUAUUUCGACUUCCAAAGAAUAAACUUGCUUCCUGCAAAUAUCUGGUUUUUUUUAAAACGUGAUUGAAGGGAGAAAAAAAAGUAAUUGGCGACGAGGAUGGGAUGUUACUAGUGAAAACCCAAAAAUCGAAGUACAACGUUGAUCUCUGAACAGAAAAAACCGACUACAUGCAGAUUUGAGGAAAAUCUGAAAUCCAUUUCUUAGAGUAGCAUCCAACGAACGAGCAAUCUCAAGUGCGACGUUAAGUUCGAAAAAAACACCCUGUACGAGAUUCCAACACAAGUGCACUGUACGAAACCAGCCCAGAAGCGAAUCCCAAGACGGUGAACCAACUCCGACUGGAACGACACAGCACAAAACAACCCUCAACGACUCUCUGUGGAGUUUGGAGUUAGCAUCCCAAGCACCAGGUUCCAAAACACCAGUCAAAAAACAGAAGUAAGUGGAGCAUCAGAUAACAAUCCCAGUUUACCUAUCCCUGGUCCAAAAUUCAAUUUUAAUUUUUUUUUUCAUUAAAAUCAUUUCCAUUGAUAA